AUGGAUAUAAGAGAAAGCAUCCGCAACCAGAACGACGUAGCUUUGGGGCUGACCAAGAAGCUACAUCAGACUGAGGGCAAGGAAUCGAACCUGGUCUACUCGUCGCUGUCCAUCCACGUGGUGCUCAGCCUGAUUGCCGCAGGGUUGAAGGGCCCCACACAAGACCAGCUGCUCUCCUUUCUCAAGUCUAAGUCCGCCGAUCACCUCAACUCCUUCACGGCCGAGCUCAUCUCCGUCAUCUUCUCCGACGGGUCCCCCAGCGAUGGGCCUCGCUUGUCAUUUGCGAAUGGCAUUUGGGUCGAUAGGCCUCUUCCUCUCAAGCCUUCUUUCAAGCAGGUGGUGGACACUGCUUACAAGGCAGCUCCCUUGCUCCUAUACCUGUCGUGGGUUUGGUCACUGGCUUACAGUGAAAUGAAAAAUCUAAAUUUGACUGGUUACAGUGACAAUGACUUGGGUGGAUAUGUUGAUGCUUGCAAAAGCACAUCUAGUUAUGUCUUUAGCAUUGGGUCAAGUGCGAUUUCAUGGUCCUCCAAAAAACAAUCUAUAGUGGCACUUUCAACUACAGAGUCUGAGUAUGUUGCUCUUGCAUCAUCAGGCUGUCAAGCUAGGUGGUUGAAAAGUAUUUUAGAAGAGAUGGGUUAA